AUGGAAUCCUUUCAGGACUUCUCUGAUGAGACAGAGGAAGAGUCCACCAGGAAACUCCACACUGCCAAUUCAAGGAAUUGGAGCUUCAAGGCCAAGAUUUGUGCCGCCAAGAUGACAAACAACAUCCUGAAUACUAAAACCAAUGAGAACAUCUUGAUCCAGGUGGCCUUCUCUGUUUGGCUGGGCAGUAUAUGGCAUUUUCCUUACCUAUGUCACCGGAAUGGAGGAGGCCCCUUUAUCCUGGUAUACUUCGUCAUGCUGCUCUUGCUGGGGAUUCCCCUCAUGUACAUGGAGGUGGUCAUAGGCCACUGGCUGCAGGUGGACAAUAUCCGAGUCUGGAAGCAGCUCGUCUCCUGGCUAGGUGGUUUGGGCUACGCUAACAUACUGGUAAGCAUCUUGGUGAGCUUGUGUAACAGUGUCAUCAUCUCCUGGAGCCUCUUCUAUCUGUGCAACUCCUUCAAUCACCCCCUCCCCUGGGACCAUUGCCCAAUGGUGAAACAUCAGUGCACCACAUGAGGUGGUAGCUAAGUGCCUGGAUUUCCCCCAGACUUCUCUUGCCUUUGGACUGUGCCCCACCAGUACUUCUGGUAUCACACCACCCUGCAAGUCUCAGACCACAUUGAAGAUGGGAUUGAGGUCCCCGUUCUACACCUCACCCUAGGCCUCUUCGCAGUCUGGAUCUUCCUCUUCUUAAUCAUGAUAGCAGGGAUAAAGACUUCAAUGUCUAUCCUGACUUUCUUGAUAUUCCUCCCCUACAUCCUCCUCUUCUGCCUCUUCAUUCGGAGUCUUUUCUUGGAAGGUGCAGGUGCCAGCCUCAAACGUCUGGUGACCACAGAGGUCUCUACCUUAUCCUCACUGGACCUAUGGCAUCAGGCAGGAAGUCAAGUGCUCUAUUCCUUGGGUCUGGGCAUGGGCACCAUCAUCACUUUCUCCUCCUACAAAACUAGAGGUGACAACUGUGUCAAGAUGGCCUCCUUUGUGGCCUUGAUCAAUGUGUUGACUUCUGUGCUGACCACAUCCAUCAUCUUUGUAGUACUGGGGUUCUGGGCUACCACCAGUGGCCACGCCUGCGUUGAGAAGAGUGUCUCAAGUCUGAAAAAGCUGAUAGCCAAGGGGGUGCUGCCCCAGGAGGCCAAACCUCCAGAGAGCAUCCUGCUCAAGCCCCCUCUGGACUACCUGGACUGGAUCAGCCACCUCCCCAAAUAUCUGCAGCACAAGGGCAUCCACCUCUCCCCAUCCUGCAGCAUCAUGGAGCAGAAGGAGAAGUUCAUGGAGGGCCCCGGGCUGGCAUUUGCAGCCUUCUCCCAAGCUGUCUCGCUGCUCCCUGGCACCCCUUUCUGGGCCAUCACCUUCUUCCUGACUUUGGCCAUCGUGAAGCUGAGCACCAUGAUCAGAAUCGUGGAGAGCAUUGCCUUUCCCCUCCAGAACGCCACCUCCUUCUUCAUGAAGCACCCCAGGCUGGUCCCAGUGUUCGUCUGCUUGGGAGGUUUUCUGGGCAGCCUCAUCUUCACCAGUCGCUCAGGCAGCUAUGUAGUGUCCUUGUUUGAUGACUACCUGGUCCCUAUGAUCCUCCUCAUCAUUGUGCUAGCCCAGAACGUGACUCUGGCCUGGAUCUACGGAGUCCCUAGGUUCAGGCAGGAGAUGCUUAGCAAGCUGGACCGCCUGCUGUGGCCAACCUUCCUGUUCCUGUGUAGCUACGUGACGCCACCUGGGCUGCUGGCUCUCCUCAGCUUCAUCUUUAUGCACCUCUACCGCAAAGGGGCCCCUUACUACAUUUCCUGGAACAGCAGUGUGAGCCAGGAAGUAAAACAACCCUACCUGAGAAGCGUCCUGUGGCGGACCACCUUCUUCAGCACCCUUCCUCUACUGCUGCUCCUGGCCCACCCGCUGCACCACUGGUGGCACUUAGAAACGCGACUGCUAUGUGAGUCCAACAAGAAACGGACACUGCCUGUCCUUACCAUGGCCGAACGCGACCGUAAUCUAAGGGAAUCUGAAUUCAGGGCCCAGACCGCUGCACUGCUGCAGGCGGAGGAGCGGCCACGGUUUUCUCCGAAAAUGUACCGGCUAUCCCCUGCAAACGGAGGUGAUGGAGCCGGGCGUGGUGGUUCACCACUGUAA